CUGGCUAAACUCUACUUGAUUGGGGACAAGCACACAAACCAUCCAUUACGAUCUGAUAUAUUAUCCAAACAAUUUAGUGUAUUCAUGAGGUAACCUAAAUGUGGAGGCUGCAAAAUUACCCGUAAUCAAUUGAAACAGCGAGUGCGCGUCCCUCUGGGUGUCUAACAACUACAUGUCUCUGUAAUAAGGCAGACAUUAAAUCAUUUUAGAGUUGUACUGUCGAGUACCUGAUCACUGGGAGCUCUGGGAAGCUGGACACUCACAUUAGGACGCUGGGACUGAGGAAGCUGCUGCUUUUCCAGUGGGAUAAAACCCGACCUUCCUUACUCAAGGUGCUUUACAGAUCCCCACCGAUUUGACCCCGAGCCGGGCAAUAUCCAGCGUAGACUUCGUCGCCUUCUUCUCCUACUCGGCUCUGGUUUUCCUUGGCUGUUUUUUAUUUCGGUUGGGUUUUUUUCUUUGGUUUUUUUUUUUCUUGUUUUGUUUUUUAUUGGUUUUUUUUUUUAAUUGCACUACAUGUUUGGGAAACAAGACAAAAUGGACGUUAGAUGCAAUUCAGAGACUGAAGCGAACCGGGUCUCGAAGAACGGACAUAAAGAGGGCAAGGACAGCAAAGGGGCUGAAGGAAAUAUUUCUACUUCUUUUUUGAAGGAUCAACAAGGGACUUUUUCUGCCUCUGCAGCCACGGAAGAUUGUAAUAAAAGUAAAUCUAGUUCUGCUGACCCGGACUAUUGCAGGAGGAUCCUAGUUAGAGAUGCCAAAGGUUCAAUCAGAGAGAUUAUUCUGCCUAAGGGGCUCGAUCUGGACCGUCCCAAGCGGACCCGCACCUCCUUCACGGCCGAGCAGCUCUACCGCCUGGAGAUGGAAUUCCAGCGCUGCCAGUACGUCGUGGGGCGGGAGCGCACCGAGCUCGCCCGUCAGCUCAAUCUCUCCGAGACUCAGGUCAAGGUCUGGUUCCAGAACCGCCGCACCAAGCAGAAGAAGGACCAGGGCAAGGACUCGGAGCUGCGCUCGGUGGUGUCGGAGACGGCGGCCACCUGCAGCGUGCUGCGGCUGCUGGAGCAGGGCCGGCUGCUCUCCCCGCCGGGGCUGCCGGGGCUGCUGCCCCCCUGCGCUCCGGGGGCGCUGGGCUCGGCGCUGCGGGGCCCGGGGCUACCGGCGGGGGGCGGCUCGGCGGCGGCUGCCGGCGGCUCGGGCUCCCCGCACCCCCCGGGCGGCAGCGGCUCGGCGGGGCCGCCGCAGCCCGCAGCGCUGCACGGCGCGGGGCACGGGCUGUUCGGGCUGCCGGUGCCCGCGCUGCUCGGCUCGGUGGCCGGGCGCCUCUCGUCCUCGCCCCUGGCCGUGGCCGGCUCGCUGGCGGGCAACUUGCAAGAACUCUCUGCCCGCUACCUGAGCUCGUCCGCCUUCGAGCCCUACUCCCGGACCAACAAUAAAGAGAGCGCUGAGAAAAAAGCACUGGACUGACUCCAAAAAUCUUGGAUGUGGGAAGGGCCGGAACGGACUGCCUUGAAAACACACGCAAGAAGCGGGAAGACAAAACCCAGUGGCUGCAGAGAUUUACAAUAAAACUGUCUCUCCCUCCGAGAUAACACAACGCCCCUUUUUUUUCCUUAUUGGAUUCCCACGGGCCAGUCCUGCUGCCCUUAUCUGCAAAAGCAAAUCCGCAGAUAAAUAACGGCAGUGGUGACUCGAUUUGCAUCCACAUCUGUUGCGAUGGUAAUUUUUCUCUUUUUUUUUUUCUCCCCCUCCUAUUUGAUUUUUUCCAAAUAAUUUCAAUUUUCGAUCAAAAAAAAAAAUCUUUAGCCUUCCUUCCUCCUAAAAUAACUCUCUCAUGUAUCACUCACACUUCAUUUAAUAUGAAUGGAAAGUAUAAAAAUGGUACCUUUUGUUGUUAUUUUUGUACUUUAAAAUACAUCUAUGUAAUAAUAUUAUUUUUAAUUUUUUUCCUUCAUAAUUCUUACUGCUAUUUUCUCCACAAACGUGUAUUUCACCUUCUAAUAUUCCGAAUCGAAUAUUUCCUGUUCAAUUUCAGUACUUGAAUUUGCCAGAAAAGGGAUGCUGUACUUAGUUAGUUCUUUGGGGGGGGGGAAAGAUGAUUUCUUUACUUUGGUUUUAAGUUUCUUUUCUUUCUUUAAACUUUAACACAAUGGCGUUUACAAAACUGUAUAAAUACGUGCCACCAAACUGUAACCAAAAAACAAAAAAAUACAAAAAGUGGAAUGGUUGCUGUAGUAAAUAGAAUUAAUUCUAGACCAGAACUGGACAGAAGGAGCUGGACAGAAAGAAAAAUAGUAAUUUUAUUGUAAAUUAUUUACGUCUGAAGUUUCUAGGCAACUAGUCGGAAAAAAAAUAAUGAAUGACUCGA